AUGGCGGAGAUCAAUCGUUGCGGCGCUGCUCUCCUGCCACUCGCCGUCGCGCUAAUCGGCUGCAGCCUCGUCACCGCCGGCGCCGUGACGGGCGGCGGCAGCGCCCGCCGCCUCCUCGUCGACAACGGGCUCGCGCGGACGCCACAGAUGGGAUGGAACAGCUGGAACCAUUUCGGCUGCGACAUCAACGAGACGGUCAUCAGGAGCACCGUUGACGCGCUCGUCUCCUCCGGCCUCACAAGCGCAGGAUACACAUACGUCAACCUGGAUGAUUGCUGGGCAGAUAACCAACGGACCAAAGAGGGUUACAUGGCUGCUAAUCCGGACAGAUUUCCGUCGGGGAUUAAGGCCCUCACAGACUAUGUGCACAGUAAGGGGCUUAAGCUAGGCCUGUACUCUUCAGCCGGGACGAGAACUUGCAGCAACAGGAUGCCAGGAUCCCUGGGUCACGAGGACACCGACGCUAAGACCUUUGCCUCAUGGGGCGUGGAUUACUUGAAGUACGACAACUGUUACCGUGAUGACUCAAACGAGCUUGUCAGAUUUCCCAGAAUGUCUCACGCAUUGCGGAACUCCGGCCGUCCCAUCUUCUACUCACUGUGUGAAUGGGGCUACAUGGACGUGGCAACAUGGGGUGGCUCAUACGGGAACAGCUGGAGGACAACCGGCGACAUCAAUGACACAUGGACAAGCAUACUGAGUAACAUCGAUCAGAACGAUGCCUACGCCAAGUACGCAAAGCCAGGAGGCUGGAACGAUCCUGAUAUGCUCGAGGUCGGCAAUGGCGGAUUAACACACGACGAGUACAUCGUACACUUCAGCUUGUGGGCCAUUGCCAAGGCUCCUUUGAUAAUCGGCUGUGAUGUGACGAGCAUCUCCAAGGAUACUUUGGGGAUAUUAUCCAAUCCAGAAGUCAUCGCGAUUAACCAAGAUCGUUCUGGUAUCCAGGGAAGGAGAGUGAGGAAGUAUGACAAUGAAAUCGAGGUAUGGGCAGGGCGGCUCUCGGGACACAGGAAGGCGGUGCUGCUGCUGAACCGAGGUGCUACAAGCAGACGGUCGAUCACCGUGACGUGGGCAGACGUCGGGCUCCGGCGAGGUGUGGCCGCUGAGGCUAGGGACGUCUGGAAGCACGAGACGCUCCCGGGCAGGUUCGCUGGCAGGCUGACGGCGGAGGUCGGGCCGCACUCGUGCAAGCUCUUCAUCCUGACGCCGGUCGGCCGGUGA